GAAUCAAAUGAAGGGACGCAACUCCAUGUAAGAGGCGGGGCACCAGAACAGAUAUGAGCACAUGAUGGAGAAGGGACAUUAUAAAACAGUCGUUCAGGGAGAGGCAUCUGAGUCUGAUGAUGAAGACAUGAUACCAGAUGACAUCCCUCAGGGAACAGUAAUAUCUGGGGAGGCAUCAGAGUCCGAGGAGGAGGUGGACACCAGUCUACAGGGAGACCAAGAGUUACCUGCCUUGAAAGUUGACAGAAACCGAGGGGAGAACAUCCAAGGGAGUGACCCUACACAGCUGCCGAUCCUCACCACAACCCGCAUGGUGACAAGCAAACCAAAAUAUGACACGCUGCUGCACAGAAAGCUCAGGGAGAGAAAUCUUCAGUUCCACAGUCACCUGGUGAGUCUGGGGAGCCACGCCUACAUGUCUGCUGCCAAGCACAUCAACAACACCACACAGCAGCUGCUCAAGUCACAUGUUGCUAUCCAGGACGUGUCUCACAACAUGAGGCUGAUGACCAACGACCUGUUCCGCCUGGAGGACAAGAUCAACAUUAUCUCCUCCUGUAGCCUGUUACCUGACAUCAACAUAGAACUGUCGUCAUAGCAACACCAUCUCCUCCUAUGACCUGUUGCCAGGCAUCAAGAUAGAACUGUUGUCAUAGCAACACAAUCUCUUCUUGUAACCUGUUGCUUGACAUCAACGCAGAACUGUUGUCAUAGCAACACCAUCUCCUCCUAUAACCUGUUGCCAGGCAUCAAGAUAGAACUGUUGUCAUAGCAACACCAUCUCUUCUUGUAACCUGUUGCUUGACAUCAACGCAGAACUGUCAUCAUAGCAACACCAUCUCCUCCUAUAACCUGUUGCCAGGCAUCAAGAUAGAACUGUUGUCAUAGCAACACAAUCUCUUCUUGUAACCUGUUGCUUGACAUCAACGCAGAACUGUUGUCAUAGCAAGACCAUCUCCUCCUGUUACCUGCUACCUGACAUCAACAUAGAACUGUUGUCAUAGCAACACCAUCUCCUCAAGUAACCCAUUAAAUGACAUCAAUGCAGAACUGUUGUCAUAGCAACACAAUUUCUUCUUGUAACCUGUUGCUUGACAUCAAUGCAGAACUGUUGUCAUAGCAACAGAUCUCCUCAUGAAACCUGCUAUCUGACAUCAACAAGGACUGCUGUCAUAGCAACACCAUCUCCUCCAGUAACCCAUUGCCUGACAUCAACAUAGAACUGUUGUCAUAGCAACACCAUCUCUUGUAACCUUCCUCACUGACAUCAGCUGUUAUCAGUAAAGCCUUACCAUUAUUCUACCGAGAGGUCAACUGAUGUUAAAGAGUCAAUGAAUCUUCCCUUUCUUCCAUGCAAGCAAUUGUGCAAUAUGUAGGUAGGGUAAAACUGACCUUAUUUAAAACAUUCCUUUAUAAAACUUAUGAUUCUGUGUAAAAUCAGAUGUGACUUUCACAGGAGUCAUCCUCCACUGCAGACUGAUUGCCUGCAAAGCCAGCUCAUUUCAUGUCCUGCAGCCAAUACUUUGGUUUGAACAGAUUGCCUUUGAAAAUUAUGUAUUUAUGAAGUUAUUUCAUCACUUGUUGGAAAACAACUUGUCCAGGGAAAUAACAGACCAGAUCUACACUGAUCAUGAAACAUAAUGAUGUUUGCAUUUAUUGAGAAAUGUCAUAUUUUUCAUUAUCAUAUGAAUGCAUGAUUUGUAAAUUUAAUGGUAUAAUAUUAUUUAUUUUAUUGUUAACAACAACAAAAUGGGUGUUGAUUUGUUUAUAAAGCUGUUGUGGAUUAAGAACUGUUUUAUUGGUUAAAGAAUGAGCACUGAAUAUUGUCUUUGUGUAAAUAGAUCAAACAAUGUUGAUGUACCAUAAUUAUGUCAUAUAAACCACUCAAAAACA